GAAAUUAUAGAAGUACCUUCAGUCUUCAAGCUACUACAUUCAACAUGAAAUCGGUGACUCUCCUGUUGCUUAUCGUCGUCAGCAUCUGUGCGCUUACCAGUGCCAGUAGACCAAGGCCAGUGUGCCAAACCGCAUGCAGCAGGAUCUAUGAUCCCGUCUGUGCCACCUUGAAACGCGGUCGGGUAAUCAGCAGGUGCACCUUUGCCAACAGAUGCGAGCUGGCCAAACAGCGCUGCGUCAGAAAUGAAAAUUGGGUUCGUGUUUCUAAUGAAAAAUGCAGGAGGAAUACCAGGGAUUGCCUGAAGCUCUUGAAGUCCCCCUAAGAAUCCUUUGAACUAUUGAAACUCUUUGCGACGGAUUUACAACAAAUUUGUUCUUUUUUCAUGUAAUAUGCAAAUUUAUCUAUUUCUGUUAAAUAAAUACAGGCACGUCACAAAAGCAA